GGCAGAUCCCGGAGGCAGGGGCCGCCCGGGUUGCAGCUCCGCUCCGGCCCCCCUCCCUGGGGGGUGGGGGGGUUUCCCCUCCUCGCUGCGCCCCUUCGAGGCAGCCCUUGGAGGAUCCGCUGGGAGCCGCCUCCGGGAUCAACCUGCAGAUCCCUGGGGAUCGGCCGCGGGGCAGGGCCUGAUCCGGGGCCACCAGCCCCGAACGGCCAAUUCAGGCCGGGAAUCUCGGCCCUGCUGUGCCGCGGGGGGGGGGGGGGGGGGCGGGGGGCUGCUCCGGCCCUCGGAGCGUCUUCCCGACGCAUCCCGUCCGAAUUCCCUUCCCGCACCGGAAAAGGCACCCAAACACGCCGGUUUCGGGGACGCCGAUGGGUUUAUUUCCUCGCGGGUCCUGUUUCGGCGCCCGCUCGAGCCUCGCCCAGGGGGGUGUCUCCCCUCGCGGGAGGGAGGCGGCGGCCCCGCCGAUGAGCCGGAGUCGAGCUUUUCGGCCGAGAUUUCGGGGAAAGGGGAAGGAAACGGGACAGGCCGAGCAUUUCCCCUCCGCCGCCGCCUUCCGGGAAGCGCCAGGCCUUUGGCUCCAGCCUCAGGUUUCUCCACGGAGAAACAAAACCCUUCUCGGCGCCGAUUUCCCUCUGCCAGCGCUCUCCGCCUCGUGGUUUCUUUUCUAUUUCUUUUCUAUUCCCAGAUGAAAAAAAUUGAGUUCAAAUUCCUCGGGACGGCCUCGCGGCCGUGAGAGGGAGCACUCAGCCCUGCCGACGCCGCGGCGGCUCCGCCAAGGGCCGUCGGACGGGCUUUCCCGGAGUUGGGCAUUCAGCGCCUCGGAGCCAUCGCUUCCCGGGCUCCCGGCCAGCCGCCCUGCUCCGGAUCGCGGCCGCGUAGAUUUUGGGGUUCUUUCAGCUGGUUUUUGGCCACAGGUAGAGGGAGAACCUUUCCGAAAACCCGGCGGGCGGGGAGCCGGCGCUCCCACCUCCGCGUUUCUGCCUCAAAUCACGUCGUUGUUUGUCUUUAGUUAAUUAUGGGGGGGGGGGGUAAAACAGCGGAGACCGAUCUCCACAUCUUAAUUUGGCGGCUUCCUCCCGUAGAGCCGGCUCUGGCGCGAGCGCGAUGCGCUGCCGAGGAGCCGGAGCGGUGCCGGGGCGGUGCCGGAGCCACGCCGGGCCAGCCGGCCGACCCGCUCCCGGCCAGUCUGGGCAGAACACGAGGCCGCCCCGUUUCCAGGGGUUUUCCUCCGUGGCCGGAGCCCAGCUCGGCUUCCCGCUGUCGGCCGGCUCCCGCAGCGUCGGCCAGGGCGCCUCCAGGCCGGCCGAAACCGAAGCGGCGCGGGAGACGCUCCAGCAGCCGCGACAUCCAAGAGCCCCGUGCCCCGGGGAGAGGCGCCGAGGUGCCGGUUUGCGCUCCGGUUUUGACGUCUCGUGUUCUCCGCGGCAGCUCCGAGCGGGCGGUUCGGAGAAAGCCGAGGGAAUCCUUCGCCGUCCCGCGCCUCCCGGUCAGCGGGACUUGCCGAUGGAGGUGGUUCCUCGGCGGGAGGUGGUUCCUCGGCGGGACCGUGGUCCAGAGCUCUGGGUUGUGGAAGCUCCGUCCCCUCGCGGCGGUGGGCGUCUUUGUGAGGAGGUCGGCCGCGUUCUCCAAAAAUCAAGCCCCGCGGUCGGACACGCCGGACGUCUGAUGGCGGAGGUUGGGCGGCAGGAGAAACGCGAGUGUUCGGUACUUACCCAGAAGGUGCUGACGGCCAUCGGCGAUUGUUCAGCUGCCUCCCGCCACCUCGGCUGCGGUUCCUGCUGA